GGCUGUUGACGGUAGUAUUUUAUUUUUGGUUGACGAGACACCACAAUGAAGCUUAGUUAAUAAUAAACUAGCUUUGUUGUUUUAAUUAUUGAUGAAUCCAAAAAGUGAUUUUAAUAAUAUUAUGUCAUAAAGGAAUUGGGAACAUAUUUCUGGACUAUUUUCUUCAUGUUAUAAUUCUAUCAUGAUUUGACCCAGGUGUUUUCUGUCAAAACUAAUUCCAUGCGACUCCGAAGUAUUCUGGUCACGUCAGAGAGCCCUCCCACAACAGCGAAUUCUUUCUGUAUUAUAACCAGCCUAAGGCCCAAAGCCCAGUAAAGAACCGAGGUGAAGCAGAUCUUCCGAGACAGAUGGGUAAAGCUCGCUCUGCGUCAACGUCGCCCUCGAAUCAUUGUCUGCACUGCACGGACACCGAUGAGCCUGCCAUCUACAUCAGGCCAUAGAGCAUCCCCUGCUUCAGAUUCACCUUAUAACAUCAAUGUGCAGUAGCCACAGAAGGCACUGUGAUAUGAGUCGGAGUCGGAGGCGGUGCUAGAUCAGGUAACGCCGGUUUCGGGGUAAACGAAAGAAACUCCUGUCAAACAAGCUCUGGGAUUAUUCUCCUAGACGUCCCAGUCAAAUUUUUCUAAAAUGAUCCAGAAUCAUUUGACUAUAAGCAAUGCCAGUGCGCCUCUCCAGCCCCCAAAAGUUGAAUAAUAAAGCGGUGCUGCUGCUGCUGACAUUGAUACUAAUGGGACCAACGCCGGCUGCCUGUGAGAACGCAAGCUGUAGCUUCAUCGAGGGACAUAUUUUAGAGUACGUCUGCCACAGCACCUACGCAGAAAACAUCCGUUAUCAGCACAAGGACCGCAUCCCAGCCAUCGGUACACCGUACGCCAUCUGGAGACGAACGGACACCAACCGCCCAUCUUACCUGCUUAUCGCCUUCUAUGACUCGCCGCUCUUCAGCUGCUACACGGUGGUCUUGAGCAACCAGCAAUUGUACUGCGACGGGCGCAACUAUGUCCUGCCUGACACGAUGCCUGCCCAGCUCCAUUGCAUCGACUUCCCGUUCCACUACACCACCGAUCUGUACAACACCUGUGCGCCUUCGGCGUGCGACGCAGACUCGCCCCCCUUAUCGGUGGCCAUCGCCUACAUGAACGAGAAUGUGAAGAUGACGGUUGAGGCGGGGGUCUGCGCGAAGUGCUCCACUGCGGUCCUAGUCCUUGCUUUAGUGGUCACAAUUCUGCAGUAGCGGUUGUUUGGUAUUUGACGAUGUAAAUAAAUGGAUCUGAUCAGUCAAGUGAAGUCAAAUCAAAUUUUCAACUUUAUUAGAGUCUACUGGCGGCAAACCGACAAAGUGUAAAUUCAUAUUUUGUAAAUAAUGUUAGCUUAAUGAAAGCCCUUAAA